ACAACACCGUGACUUUCUCUUCUACACUCUGUCCUUCUUUUCCUCUCCUCCUAUCUCCCACCCUCUUCUCUCGUUCCCUUCAGCACCUCUUCUUUCCCUGAGGUUGCGCUUCUGGUCACAUUCGUUCCUAUCUCAAGUUCAUCACCUGCAUCCACCACCAUGCGCAACUUGCUUCUUGGGGCGAUCGCCCUUCCUCUCGCUGCUCUCGCACACCCUGCCCAUCAGACAAAUGCCCUCACCCGUCGUACCGUCGACUUGAGUGCUUUCCGCUUGGUGUCCCAGGCCAAGUACGUCGAUUCGGAUGACGCUGUUACCGAUGCCCCAUCUUCGCUCGGCGGUUUCCAAGAGCAGAGCUACGUUGAGACUGCGACUCAGCUCGUCAAGUCCAUCGCGUCCGACGCCGAGUUCCGUGUCGUCGACGAUCACUACGUCGGUGACAAUGGAGUUGCUCACGUCCACUUCCGUCAGACUGCUCACGGCAUUGACAUUGACAAUGCGGACUUUAACGUCAACAUCGGAAAAGACGGAAAGGUCUUCUCCUACGGAAACUCUUUCUACACUGGCGAGAUCCCCAAGGCCAAUCCGUUGACCAAGCGUGAUUUCUCGGACCCGACUGCCGCGCUGAAGGGUGCUUCCAACACUCUGAAGCUUUCCAUUGCCGUGGACACCGUUUCGACCGAGUCGACCGAGGAGAAGGAGUCCUACGUCUUCAAGGGCACCUCCGGUGCUGUCUCUGACCCCAAGGCCAAGCUCGUUUACUUCGUGAAGCCCGAUGGCAAGCUCGCUCUCAGCUGGAGAGUGGAAACCGACAUCGAGGACAACUGGCUCCUGUCGUAUGUCGAUGCCAACAGCGAGGAGACUGUUCACGGUGUCGUUGACUACGUUGCUGAGGCGGACUACCAAGUCUACGCAUGGGGUCUCAAUGAUCCGACCGAAGGAUCCCGAACCACUAUCAGUAACCCCUGGGAUCUCAGUGCAUCUCAGUACACCUGGAUCAGUGACGGAAACACCAACUACACCACCACUCGUGGCAACAACGGCAUUGCCCAGUCCAACCCCAGCGGAGGAUCCAGCUACCUGAACAACUACCGCCCCAGCAGCUCAUCGCUCAAGUUCACUUACCCCUACACCACCAGCUCCACUCCCCCAUCCUCUUACAUCGAUGCCUCCAUCACCCAGCUGUUCUACACCGCCAACACCUACCACGACCUGCUGUACGUUCUGGGCUUCACCGAGAGGGCCGGUAACUUCGAGUACAACAACGGCGGCAAGGGCGGUCUCGGAAACGACUACGUGAUCCUCAACGCCCAGGACGGCUCUGGCACCAACAACGCCAACUUCGCUACUCCUCCCGACGGACAGCCCGGACGUAUGCGCAUGUACGUCUGGACCCAGUCCACCCCUUACCGUGACGGCUCUUUCGAGUCGGGCAUCGUCAUCCACGAAUACACUCACGGUCUCUCCAACCGUCUCACCGGUGGUCCCUCCAACUCCGCCUGCCUCAGCUCCUUCGAAUCCGGCGGCAUGGGCGAAGGAUGGGGUGACUUCAUGGCGACCGCCAUCCGCCUGAAGUCCGCCGACACCCGCUCCAAGAACUACCCCAUGGGCGCGUGGGCCGCCAACCAGGCCGCCGGCAUCCGCGCAUACCCCUACUCGACCUCAACCAGCACCAACCCUCUCACCUACACCAGCGUCAACGGCAUGACCUCCGUGCACGCCGCCGGUACCGUCUGGGCCACCAUGCUCUACGAAGUGCUGUGGAACCUGAUCGACAAGCACGGCAAGAACGACGCCCCUCGUCCCACCUUCGAGGACGGCAUUCCCACCGACGGCAAGUACCUGACCAUGAAGUUGGUCAUUGACGGAAUGGCUCUCCAACCCUGCAACCCCAACUUCGUUCAGGCCCGUGACGCCAUCCUGGACGCCGACGCCGCUCUGACCGGCGGCGUCAACAAGUGCGAGAUCUGGAAGGGUUUCGCGAAGCGCGGUCUCGGCUCCGGCGCUCGAUACAGCUCUACCAGCCGGACUGCCAGCACGACCAUCCCUUCGGGUGUGUGCUAGACUAGACUUUCUCUUACGGAGUCCAGGUUCAUAGCCAUAGUUACGCUACUUAGUACGUAGCCAGAGCUGCAUCCUUCAUGUCCAUGAUUCAUUCCUACUGUGAUUUAUGAUAUUUAAUCCUCCAAUCCAAGGGAGAGAACAAAAC